AUGAUAGCGAAGCCCUCAUCCGUCCUGGAUCUUUUCCUGGCACAGGCUCGGCAGCAGCCGAGCGGAAUCGCAGUUUCCAAAGCAGGCGUGAAUCUGAACUAUUCAGCGCUUGAUCGUGAAUCGGACGCCGUCGCUGAGCUGCUACAGCACCGCGGUGUCGUCUCGGGGGAUAUUGUCCCCGUCAUUUCAUCGAGAUGCUUGGAGCUGCCUGUGUGUGUCCUUGCCAUUCUCAAAGUCGGCGCCGCUUUUGUCCCCAUCGAGGCCGGCACCUGGAGCCGCGCGCGCAUCGACGCCGUGCUGGCUCGGCUUGACUUCAAAACAGUAAUUGCCACCGGCGACGAAAAUUAUGGAGUAUCCAUGAUUCAAGGUGUCGAGCUCGGAGAUGCUAUCCGGGCCGCUCGCACAACGGCCACGCCAACACAGCCUCGUCAACGAUGCCUUGCGCCUCGUUCUAUGGCGUACAUAAUAUUCACCUCGGGCACCACUAGCACGCCGAAAGGAGUGUGCGUCGCACAUGAAACUCUUCUGAAUUGCGUCGCCCCGGGGCAUGAGGAUGCGCCGAUAAAUUUCGGCGUACGUCCUGGAGACACAACCCUGGCGCUCUUCUCCAUCGCCUUCGAUAUCUUUUAUGGUGCUCUAUUCAACACAAUAUGCAAUGGUGGCCGUUUAUUAUUCUCCGAAACAUCCUCCUUCAUAGACGACGCGAAGAACUGUACGAUUCUACCAGCCACUCCUGCGCUGCUCUCAGCCAUCGCAGAUCCAUCGACGUAUUCGAACAUUCGCACAUUAUUUAUCGGGGGUGAAUCUUCACCGCCGAGUCUUAUAAAGAAAUGGUCAGCCCAUAAUCGCCAGCUGUGGAAUGGCUACGGCCCUACUGAAACUACCAUUUCCUUGACCAUGGGAGAACUACGACCAGGGCGUCCCAUUACUCUCGGUACACCAGUCAGAAAUAGCAAGCUGGUCUUGCUAAACCACAACUUGGAAGAGAGCGAUGAAGGGGAGAUUGGCGUCAUGGGAUCAGCGGUCUUAGCCCUUGGCUACUACAAAGAUCCGCAGAAGACGGACGAAAAGUUCAUCCACUGGCGCGGCAAUCGACUAUACUUGACUGGCGACUUGGCCAAGCGGACAGAGGACGGGCUAAUAUUCCUCGGUCGGAAAGAUCAAAUGGUCAAGAACCGAGGCUUUUUGGUCAAUCUGGAAGCCGAAGUUGUCCCUGCAAUCUGCUCCCAGCCUGGAGUCGAGUCAGCCGCCGCUGUCAUGCACCUUCAGCGCCUGGUCGCUUUUAUAACACCAGCGUCACUUGAUGGGACAACGUUACGACAAAACAUGCGCUCAGAGUUUGAUUCGUUUAUAGUACCGGACGAAGUAUACUCCCUUGAUGAGCUUCCACAAACCACAAACGGAAAAAUCGAUCACAGGUCGCUACUCCAGGAGCUGAGUCGGAAGAAACUACGUCCGCCACCGAUCCAAUCCACAUCUACGGGCAUUCUACUGGCCCUCGAAGAAGCCGUUGGGCAAUGUCUUGAAAUCCCAAGUACGUUUGUGGAUGUGAAUAAGUCCUUCACUGGAUUAGGCGGAAACUCACUGCUUGGAAUCAAGCUGCUUUCGAUUUUGCGACAAAAAGGGCUGACAGCGUCAACAAUCGCACUUUUCUCACUACCCAGCCUCGUGGAAGUUUCCAAAGUAUUAGAAGUCAUCGAGGAUGCUGAUGGUGUAUUGGAUUUGGUCCCCAAUGUUGGCGUUUCUAGCUUGAAGCCGAGCCACAAUGAAUCCUCAAAGGCUUCAUUUGCCAUGACAGAUGUCCAGAAAGGAAUCAUCAGAUCAUCAUUAAAAGAGCCGUUAACCGGGUAUAUGCUUGUAACGAUAUCACUACAUGCAUCUCAGAACGACAUUGAUGGAGAUGCCCUGAGUAGGGCAUGGGAGUUGGUUUUGGCAGAUUAUGAGUUAUUUCGCUCCAGUUUCGAGCCGGCAAACGAGAGUUUCACGAUCUCAACAACAUAUGUGCAUGACUGGAAGACGGCAUUUUCAACGAAAGCUACCAUGCCAGACGAUAUUGCGCGCGAAUCUGAAUUACUACUGCAGGCGGCCAAGUCAAACACCAGGGACGGCAACAUCUUUACACCAGUGAAUGCGUUUCGACUUAUUUUGUCCCCAGAAAAAUCCUCUGUUCUGUUAUGGCUCAUUCAUCAUUCGUUGGUGGAUGGUUGGUCCGUCGGAGAAAUUUUGAGCCAAGUCAGACGGCAGAUGGACAACGAUCGUCACGAGCCACCGACAAAACAAUUCUCGACAUACUCGCAGUCUUUAAGCGCAUUCUCAAAAAUUGCACAAGGGAAAGCAGAGAAGUUUUGGACCAAUCGACUCGAGAAUGUUACGGAGGGAACAGCUCUCAACAUUUGGAACCCGCUCGGCCAAGCCUCAAAGGCCGGAGCUAUUGCGGACGAGAGCAUCAGCACUGGCCUGUCCUUGGCGCAGCUCAACGUCGGCGCUCAAUCGCUCGAAGUUUCAUCUGCAGUAGUUUUACAUACUGCUUGGGCUGUCUUACUCAGCAAUUACGCAGACAAGGAUGAAGUCGUUUUCGGCAGCGUCUUCUCUGGCCGAAGCUUCCCACGGGAAGAUGUUGCCGAGGUUGUUGGGCCGAUAAUAAAUACUUGCCCUUUUCCGGUCCGUGUCUCCGAAUCUGGCAGCAAGUACGAUGCACUUCAAAGUGUAAAGGAAGUCCUGCUCGGGAUUGCGGACCAUCAGUGGUCUGCAUCUGCGAUGCUCCAGCAGUUAGCACCCGGAACAAUGUCCCGACUCUUUCAAACUGCCCUCUUCUUAGAGUAUGAUUUGCCAAUGAACAGUUCUGUUGCUGGCAAGCCCGAAACCAAGUGGGACAUCAAUAAAAGAGGCUGGCCAGAAUUUGGACUUACGCUUCAAGUCCAACAGGCUGCUGGAGAGAUCAUCCUGCGUGUGGUUUACGAUCCUGGCGACUACCAAAAAGACUCCAUGUCUCCACUUCUCCAUCACUUCCGAAAUAUUUGUCUUGCAUUACUGGAUCCAAACGUCUUGCAAUUGAAAACAGUCAAGGACAUGAUGCUUACUUCCUUCACCCGUCUCAACCUGACUCGAAACUCGCCUUUGCUCUACAGUCCCUACUCAGGGUCACGGAGUCUAAAGGAGAAGUUCGAGCAUGGUGUGAGAUGCUGGCCGGAUGCUGUUGCCAUUGAGUCCAGCGACGAAUCAUACACAUACUCUGAGCUGAAUUGCAUAAGCAAUUAUGUGGCCAGGGUCAUCUCCGAGCUGGCAGGCCCAAAGCAAGUCGUGGCUGUGCUCGCAGACGGGAGCAGAUACUGGUUGAUUUGUGCCCUGGCAGUUAUCAAAGCUGGAGCCAUAUACCUCCCUUUGGAUACGAAAUUACCUAGUGAGAGGAUGAAGAGUAUGAUACGUACUGCUGGCGUAGUACUAUGCGUCUAUCCCAACUCAAAAUGUCACGAGCUUCGCUCAUCGCUUCCGGGAGCUCACUUGUUGGCCGAGAAGAUUAUCCAUAAUUUCAACUCAUUGGAAAAUCGGAUCGAGGCGCUGGAAAGCACAACAGACAUAGAUGAUUAUGCUUACGUCAUGUUUACGUCCGGCUCUACUGGCACUCCAAAGGGGAUCAAGGUCACUCAUAGAGCAACUCUUUCGCACUUGUCUUUUGAGCCGGCCAGACUACAUGCCCGACCAGGCAGACGGCUCGCGCAAAUGUUCUCACCAGGAUUUGACGUGAGCAUUGCGGAAAUAUUUGGCACUCUUUGCUAUGGAGCAACCUUGGUUCUCAAAGAUGACGCAGACGGGCUCGCCCAUUUGAGCCGGGUGAAUGCAACCAUGGCGACACCUUCCCUUCUGGCUACGCUGCCCCCUGACAAAUUUCGGAACCUCGACACAAUUUAUCUCAUUGGUGAAGACGUACCACAAGUGCUAUGCGACUCCUGGGCUGGUGGUCGAACUCUGUACAACUUUUACGGGCCCUGCGAAUGCACCAUUGCCGCGACCUGGACCCAGAUUGAGCCGGGGAAGCCCGUUACUAUCGGAAAGACGGUACCUCGAGUCGGCGCAUACGUGCUUGACAGAUAUAAACGGCCGGUUCCUGCUGGAGUGAUUGGCGAGAUCUGCAUCUCCGGUGUACAAGUCAUGGAGGGCUACAUCGGCACGGAUGCAGAGGCCAUCACCAAGAGAGCAUUUGGCCCAGACCCUUUCGACCGCAAUCACCGCAUGUACAAGACGGGCGAUCGCGGUGCUUGGACAUCGUCUAUGGAUCUGAAGUUUCUGGGUAGAGUCGAUCAUCAAGUCAAGGUUCGUGGCUAUCGAGUGGAACUUGAUGAGAUUGAGAACUUGAUCCGAAACGCCGACGCCAGUGUCAGUCGUGUGACCGCCAUGGUUGUCCAAGACGCUAUAUAUGCUUUUGCUGUACCAGAGACCGUAAAGGAAGGCGAUUUAAUAAGUAAGCUAUGUCGACAGUUGCCCACGUACGCUGUACCACAACGCAUAUUCGCACUCCCAAGUCUGCCUUUCACUCCGAACCAAAAGCUGGAUCGAAAAGCUUUGGGUACCAUGGUCACGACUGCACCGAAGAUUCAGAAAAAGAAUCAAACCCUCACCCCAAUAGAAUCGCUCAUUGGGCAAAAAUGGGCUGAAAGUAUCGGCCUUGAGACUCCAACUGGACUGGGACCGGAGGAUGAUUUCCUGGCCAUUGGUGGCAACUCUCUGCGCCAGAUUACCGUCGCUCGGCAAGUCUGCGCACAUCUCGGCCAAAAUAUCCCCCUGAGUCUCUUCAUUCACAAUACAAAGAUGCGCACACUCGCCAAGGCAAUAGAAACCCACACGGCAGGGCAGCAGAGGAACGGUGGUGUGGGAUUCGACCUGUUCACGCCAACCGCUCACAACGGGGUUUCCUAUCUUGAAGAAAUGCGAUACCACAAGCAUAACAGCUCCACAACUCCAUCAGCCCUCAAUGUCGCCUUUGUUGUCACAUUUUCUGGGGAUGUCAAGACCAAUUUGCUGAUGCAGGCAAUCAAGAAGGUCAUGUCAGCGAGCGAUAUCUUCAGGACAUGCUUUGCAAGGCAGGGUGCAUCGCUUCGGAGAAAGAUUUUACCGAAAACACCCGAGGUGAUGCACGAGGAGCUUCAUUCAGGCAGGAUAGUGUCUGCAUUGGUAGACUUGCCUUUCAACCUCGAAACUGGACCGCUCACAAGAAUUGCAAUGAUGGGAAGCGGCCAAGUUGUUCAGGUCGUCUUCGUACAGCAUCACAUCAUUACCGACCAAACUUCCGUCGCCCUUUUCUUCAGACAAGUGGGCGAAAUAUACUCUGGCCUCCUCUCUGGGACGGAUGUUGUCAUGAAACCCCCUCGACCAUACGCCGACUGGGCGCAGUGGAAGAAUCGUCGACUUACAGAACCCCCGACUACAGAAGAUGUAAACUUUUGGAAAUCCCAUCUGCGCAACGUCUCCAAUCUGGUGCAUCGUUGUCCUCAGCCGCCAAAAACUCUCCAAGAUGCCGCGCAUUCCACAGUGGCAAGGCUCAAAAAGCCAGCGUCGGCCGCAGCUUUGGGCUUGUUUCUAGGGGUGACGGCAGUGGCCUGGAGCCGUGUUUUCAGUGUCGACUCUGCCGUUAUAGCGAUCCCGUGGAUUGAUCGCGCAGAGCCAGGCACGGGGGACAUGUACGGAAUUUUCCUGGAUGCACUGCCCGUGUGUAUACGGUCAGCUCGAACACGUAACUUGGGCACCAUUGUCACUGAAGCAAGUGCGGCAGUGAAGUCAGUUUUGAGUCACGCUCUCCCCUCCCCGCAAAUCCGGCGUAUUGUUCAAGAAGAGUCACUGUUUGGCGUGGUGCUGGUGUACAACAGGAUGCAGGACCAAGUGUCUGCUGGGCUUGAUCUACAGGGCGUGUCAGUUACGAGCGCGGCGAAGCGAGCGGCGGGUGCCAAAUAUCCCGUGCUCAUAGAGUUUACCGAGGGCGAGGAUUUUAUAAGCCUUGAGAUUGAAUAUUUCAAAGAGGCUCUAAGUGCCAAAGCUCUAAAACAGCUUGAAGAGGAGCUAGCCAGUCUGUUGGAGGAAAUAAGUCAGUAG